CGGCAGAGCGCGGCCGCGGGCGGAUGGCGCCAGAGAUGGCGCGCGGGCUCGCGCGGAGGCGCGGGGAUGCCCUGCCCCCUCCGAGGGAGGGGUGCGGCAGUUCCACGCCGCGCUGGCGCGGCGGCGACAGCGAGCCCUGCUCGAAGGCGGCGGCCGCCGGCGGCCUCGCCGCGGCGGUCUUGACGCGUGGAGCUGCCGGCGUGGAUGUGGCUUCCAGCGCGGAGUGGGUGCUCGGCCGGGUGGACGCGAGCUGCCAGAGGGUGUGCUCGGAGCGCAGCCUCAUCUGCGACGAGGACGCGUUCCCCGAGAACGAGGAGG